AUGGAAAGUCCCAGAGUGAAUAGUAGUACAAAUACCUGCAUAGAGCAUGGAACUUCAUCUAGUGGUCAAUUCGAUGAAGAAAUUGUGCAGAUUGAAAAUGUUACUGUUAAAUUUCGGAUUUCUGAAUCACAAAUUAUUGCACAAAUCUAUCCUAAUCGUCUUACCAUAAUGGAUAUUAAGAAGGAUCUGGCACGUAAAUUUGAAAUAACUCCAGAAGUUUUAUGUGUAAUGCAGCAUGAAGCCGAAGUAGCUGAUAGUAGUUUACUUAUGGAAACUAAUAAAAAUGAAUUUGGCAUAUAUGAAUUUUGCUUAAAACUACAGAAAUCAAGUAGAUGGGAUUCAAAAUCUAAACCAGCUAAAUUAGAUCUAAAUGUGUACUAUAAUAAAUUCCAUUUACCGGAUUUUAUAACAGUACAUAUAUCCGGUGAGGAUUCAAGAGAUGGAAAUCCAAAAGAUAUUGUUAUUGAAAUACAGAAUAAAGCAAUAGAUAAACCUGAGUUAGCACGUUAUAGACAUAAAAUAACUGGUAUUGAGUAUGUGGAAGCUUUUACUCAAACAGGUCCACCUAAUUGUGAUAAAUGGGAAAACGGAAAUUACUCUAGCAGGGACACACAAACGAAUUAUAAUUAUCCAAAACUAAUCACACCUAACAAUGAAACUACUCAAUGCUUUAAGGAUGGUUCAAAUGUUCUUUUCGUAUCAAAUGCUAAGGAUUUUACUAUAACACCCCGAAAAUUUCAAACAUAUUACCAAAAGAAACGUUUAGAUGAUAAAUUGAAGAAAAUAAUAUUAAUUCAACGGAAUUUUCGACGGUAUUUACUUGUGCGGCUCAUCAGAAGAGCAGCGGCUGAAUAUCGUCAUAUGGUUGCCGAUCGCUUACAAGCUGAACAUAAACUAAACGAACAGAUUGAACAGAUACAUAUAAAACGUACCGAUCGUGUAAAACAAUUUCCUCAAACCAAAGAAGAUUUUGAUUUACUUUAUACGGAAGUGGAUAAUUGGAAAAAAGCAGAGUUAAAACGUAUAAGUCAGAUGCACCAUGGCGUUGCACGUAUAGCAGAAUUCAAUUUAUUACUGGAUAAAGAGAUUGGUCUCUUAAAUGGAAUCGAACGUCAAAAGCAAAUUAUACGUAAGGCUAUGCAAGAUUCCAGGGAGGAGCAGUUGUUGAAUAAAAUGGGACAACCAAUAGAGUGGAUUGGUUAUAAAGAUACAAAUAUUCAUCUUGAUCUUUUACGACACCAGCGUGUACGUUUCUUACAUGAAAUUUACAAGGACUUAAAAAAGCCUAUGAAAAAGGAAAAGCGUUUAGAACUCAUAAGUAAAAUAAAAAAUGUACUUGUUGAGGAACAGGAUUUUCAGAAACUUCCAGAGCUUUUUGAUUUAUUUGAACGUGAAAAAAAUAUUCUAAUCUAUACAAGAGUUAUAGAUCUGGAAACUUUGCAUAAACGACAAAAUUUUCUUUUCCUUGAGCUUAUCAAAUUCUCCAAGGAUAGAAAACCCAAAGAAAUUGUUAGGAAUAUGUGUGAUUUCUGUAAGAAAGUGAAACCGUUAAGUCAAUUUGCUGUACGAACACGGGAAGAGAAACUAAAUUCAUGCAACGCCUGUUACUGUCUUAAGUUUAAAGCAGGUAAUAUGCAUAUUUACAAUUCAAUAUUACGAGCUUUACAACGAGACGAACGACAAAAGCGCUCUCCUCAUUCAUACGCAUUCAUAAUGCAAGUUGACGACAUACGUCAUUUGAUAGAGAAAAUCUGGCAUGGAUAUUCAAUUUUAAGUAAAUGCAAUGAUUUACAAAUAUUGCGCUUACCGCGUUGGAAUAUACGUGAACCGUGGUCCCCAUGGAAUUGCAUUUGUCUAACAGAAACAGAAACUCAAAACCAUUACAACAUUAACGAUCUAGAGAAAACAUAUAAUCAAAAACUACGUACAGAAAUACAGAGUAGACACGUGUUAGGUCGAAAAGCUUUUCAGAACUUGGCUACUCUUGGAGAAAAUUUCUUUGAAUACUAA